AUGCCGAUUGAAGAUGUUGAGAAGCUCGAACGGUAUCGCCUAGGAGGAUACCAUCCGGUAACUGUCGGAGAGCAGCUGGGUGGUAGAUAUUCUAUCGUCCAUAAGCUUGGUUUCGGUUCAUCCUCGACGAUUCGGUUGGCAAGAAACCAGAAAGCCGGUAAAUAUGUCGCUAUAAAGAUACCGGUUGCAGCACGUGAUUCUACUGAGACGCGAGAAACCGAUAUCCUACGCCGGUUAUAUAACACGGGGUUGGAAGAAAAGACCCAUCCUGGAGCAGCAUACAUCCCGUCAAUAUUAGAUGGCUUUUCUCUUUCUGGGCCUAAUGGUGUACACCAUUGUUAUGUCACUGAACCCGGAAUGAUGAGUCUAGCAGAAGCUAAAGAUGCCUCCUCUAUUCGCUUUUUUCAGUUGCCUGUUGCUAGGGCUAUGGCUGCCCAACUUGUCCAGGCAGUAAAAUUCCUACAUUCUCAGGGUAUUGUUCACGGUGACUUGCACGAUGGCAAAGUCUUGGUUCGUUUACCUGGAAGUAUGGAUUAUCUCUCGCCGGAACAGCUUUACGAAAAGUAUGGAUCUCCCCAAUAUGAGGCGGUUGUACGUCUAGAUCAGUGUCGACUUCCCGUGGGGGUCUCUGAAAAUAUUAUCCUCACUGACUUCGGCGAGUCUUUCAUGCCAGCUACUAUAGCGCGGCCUUACUCCAACGCACCAGAAGUUUUGACUCCACCAGAGGUCUACUUCGAACAGAGAAAGUCGCUUUCUUUUCCUGCUGAUAUCUGGACGCCUGCGUGUACGAUUUGGGCCAUUAUAGCUCAACGCCCACUUUUCGAGGGAUACAGUCCGUCAGCUGACUGGGUAAUAAAAGAACAAGUCGACUGCCUUGGUAAGCUACACGCGCCGUGGUGGCUGAAAUGGAAUGCUCGUGCAAGAUGGUUCAACGAGGAUUGGGAAAGGAAAAUCGAGGCACAUUCCCGGCCGUUGGAGCAACGAUUUAACGAUUCGGUGCGGCAGCCAAGGCAGGAGUUUAGGAUGGAUGAGUUGGAUGAGAUUGAGAAGGUUGCUUUGCUCAGUAUGUUGAAGGCGAUGCUUGCUUUUGACCCUGAGGAGAGACCAACUGCGCAGGAAGUUUUGAACUGCGAAUGGAUACAGAAGUGGGCUCUUCCUGAACUUUCCCAAGUUCACGGCGACUAG